AUGAAGGUUCAGUUUUUUCCACCCAACGCCUCAAGCCGCCUUCAGCCUUUGGACCAAGGCAUAAUCUCUCUCAUAAAGAGAGCUUAUCGUAAGCAACGUGUAAGAGCUGCAAUUUGUGCUGCUGAAAACAAUAGUGCAACCCCAAUUUGGAAUCUGCUUGACACAAUAAAAGCCAUCGCAGCAGCCUGGAACUCCGUAUCACCACAUCAUAUAGGGAAGUGCUUUAACAGAGCUUGGAGACAUAGCAACACUGAAGAUGUCCACGAGUUAGAAGAUGCCACUUCACCUGAUGAAUGGACAGUUCUGCAGGAUGUUGCGAACCCUGGGAUUAGUUUCAAAGAAUUUACUGGUGUAGACGAUGAUGUUGCCGUAUGUGCUUCUGUGGAAUUGGAUGUGCCAAAAUCUGUGAACGAGGUGCAAGAAGGGCCAUCAGAAGAAAGUGAAGCAGAAGAGAAUACAGAUACCAUUCCACCUACCUGUCAGGAGAAGUUUACAGCUUUGGACUGUUUAGAACGGUUCACUUCAACAUCCAACGUUACUGCUGGGUUUACGGACACUAUCAUUACAACUGGUUGUGAAAUUACAAAAUAUCAUCGUUCCCAUGAAUGUAAGCAAACCAUGACUGAAUUUUUCCAAGAAAGUAUGUAA